ACACUCGAAGCUCAUCCUUAAGUCGCAAAACAGCUUUAGAUAUGAAGCUGAUACUAGUCCUAUCGGUUGUAGCAUAUGGCUAUGCAGCGAAAUUGGAUAGGACAUACCUUCCACCUGCUAGCGCUGCCAAUGCUGGAGGUAGCCCUGGAUCCUUGACCGCUCCUUUGGGAUCCUCUCAGCCAGGUUCUGGGCCGUCUGGGUCAAGUUUUGGCCAACAGCCUGGUUCUUUUGGACAGCAACCCGGUUCUUUCGGACAAAAUAGGCCUGGUUCCUCUAGUUCUUCUAACUUCAAUAAACCAGCUUCCCAAUAUGGAGCACCAUCUGGAUCGGCUGGUAGACAGCCCUUCGGUCAAGGCUCAGCAGCUGUUGGACAAAACGAACAAAGCUCUUUUGGUCAAUCUCCCGAAUUCGGACAAUCGCAAGGUCAAGAUUACUCUCGUCAACAGCCUGAACGCGCUCAAGCCGCCUUCGAAAGGAAUGCUGAAAUAUUGAGAUAUGACAAUCAGAAUGAUGGCGAGACUUUCUCAUACAGCUUUGAGACUUCUAAUGGCAUUUCUGCGGAGGAAUCAGGUGUUGCUACCAAUGGUGUACAAGCUCAAGGUGGUUUCUCUUAUACGGGCGAUGAUGGCGAGUUCUAUCAAGUGACUUACACGGCUGAUGAAAAUGGUUACCAGCCACAAGGUGAUCAUCUGCCUACCCCUCCGCCGAUUCCUGAUGAAAUACUCAGGUCUAUCGAAGAGAACGCGAGAGCCGCUGCUGCUGGCACACAAGAAGGCGCAUAUAAUCCUGAUGAAGAUGAAUCCGUAAGCUCAUCGCAACGAUACAACCAAGGACCAUCUCCUCAGUAUGGGGCUCCUAAUGCUGGUCGAGGCCAAGGUCCAUCCAGAUUUGGAGCUCAAGCUCAAGGUCCCUCAUCGCAGUAUGGCGUACCUAAUGCUGGUCAGCGUCAAGGACCAUCUUCUCAAUACAGUGCUUCUAAUGCUGCUCAAUCCCAGGGACCAUCAUCUCAAUACGGUGCCCCCACUACUGGACAGCGCCAAGGACCUUCUCCCCAAUUCAGUGCUUCCAAUAAUGCUCAACCUCAAGGUCCUUCUUCUCAAUAUGGAGCUCCUUCUGCCGGUCAGCGCCAAGGACCUUCUACCCAAUAUGGUGCUCCCACUGCUGGCAAAAUUCAAAGACCUUCAUCCCAGUUUAAUGCUGCAGCUCAGGGCCAAGGUCCCUCCGCUCAAUACAGUGGAGCUAAUGGGGCACAACCUCAAGGUCCUUCUUCUCAGUAUGGAGCUCCUACUGCCGGUCAACGAGAAGGCCCCUCUUCCCAAUACGGUGCUCCUAAUGCUGGCCAAAACCAAAGACCUUCAUCCCAAUUUAAUGCUGCAGCACAGCAUGGGGGCCCCUCAGCCAAAUAUGGUGCCCCCAAUGGUGCACAGACUCAAGGUCCUUCAACUCAAUAUGGAGCACCUACCGCUGCUCAGUCUCAGAGUCCUUCUACACAGUAUGGUGCUCCCAAUACUCGUGUCCCGAAUUCCAGACCAUCUGGUCUACCAAGUAGCCAAGGAUCGUCCCGUGGUCAACAACAAGGUGGUGACAAUGGAUAUGAAUACAACCGUCCUCAAUCGAGCGCUGGCUUCGGUCAAUCUCGACCUGGACAAGGUCCUCAAUCUUCUGCACCUCAACAGUACAACCGCCCUGGUGCCCAGGGUUCCUCUGCAUUCCCUCGACCAGGUUCUUUAUCUGGCCAGCAGCAAUACAACAGGCCUGGAUCCGAUGCUGGUCAAUUUGGUCCUACAGGCCCGUCUGGCUCAGCUUCUAAAGGUCAAGGAUCUUUCGGCCCUACAGGUUCGUCUAGCCCAGUGCCUAAAGGUCAAGGAUCUUUCAACCCUGCUGGACCUUUGGAAUCUGGAUCAUUUGGAUCGCCCAGACCUAGUCAAUACAGGCCAGGUUCUGGACCUUCGAUGCCUCAAUCUACACCUUACCAGUACAACCGCCCUGGAUCUCAAGAGUCUCAACCACAAAGGGGUGGAUCUCAACCAAGUCGACCUGGUCAGCGACCAGGUCAGGACUUCAGUGGACCCCGUCAACCUCCCAGCUUCAGCGAAGAAGAAGGUUAUAAAUACUAAUAUGCCAAAGUCAACGAUAGUGAAAUUCCUAAGAUACAAGAAAAAAGUUUUAUACAAAGAAGCAUAAUAUAAAAAGAAAAAAAAAAUGUAUCAUUUUGUACAGAAAUGUAUAGAAUUUAUUAAAAAUAAAUCACUGUGUGAUUGUAAUUUGUAAAUAAACGUGUUUAAAAAAAAAAACAGUCUGUUAUAUACUUUCUUUUUCAUAAUCCUCAUAAUUUUCUCAUCAGUAUACUUAAAAUACCUGCUUAUUAUUUUUACAUUCAUUUCCCAAGUUUGUGUUAAAAGAAUUAAUAUUAGCUACUCCAUAUUAGAUACUGUUAUAAUCUGUUUUCUUU